AUGAUCUCAACCUCAUGGAUCGAGCCCGAUACAACCAUCCGCCCUGUCGCCGUGAUAGGCGGCGGGGUUCUGGGGCGUCGACUAUGCAUGAUGUGGGCAGCAGCAGGACAUACUGUUCAUCUGUACGAAAAAGCCCCUGAAGUCGCCAGCGCGGCAUUAAAGUACAUCAACGACGCCAUGCCCGAACAGUCCACCAAACUCGGCACGAAGCAAGGCAACGUACUACUCUGCUCCUCUCUGGAGAAUGCAGUGCAGAACGCAUGGAUGGUUAUCGAAGCGAUUCCAGAGAUACUUCCCUUGAAAAUUGAACUAUUCGGCCAACUGGACCAACUCACAUCACCCGACUGUAUUCUGGCCACCAACUCCUCCUCGUAUAAGUCCAGUGAGAUGAUCCAGCACGUCACGCGGAAAUACCGCGUGUGUAACGGACACUACUACAUGCCUCCGGACCAGAACUAUCUUGAGAUCAUGACCUGCGGAUACACGGAUCCAUCCGUCAUUGCCUUUUUAAUGGAGCAGGCCUCAGCAGCGGGAUUCGUCCCCAUCCAUGUCAAGGUCGAAUCCACGGGGCUGAUCUUCAAUCGGAUUUGGGCUGCAAUCAAGCGAGAAUCUCUAUUAGUUAUGGCUGAAGGUGUGGGAACGGCGGCAGAUAUUGACCAACUGUUCAAGGGUUGGUUUCAUGCUGAGGUUGGGCCGUGUGAGAUGAUGGAUCGGGUGGGUCUGGAUACGGUGUACAACAUUGAGAAGCAUUAUGUGGAGGAGAGAGGGCUGGAUACGAAGCCUAUCGAGUGGUUGAAGGAAAGAUACGUGGAUCGAGGGCUUCUUGGGCGGAAAUCUGGAAGCGGAUUGCUGUAUGAAGGGAGCAAUGGCCACGCUCCAUAG